AUGAUAAAUAAAGAUAAUAAAUUUGAUAUAACCGAUUUAGACGACCAUAUACAUUUUAAUAUACAAAGUGAAGAGAAAAAACAAGACGUACACGUUAAGCAGAAAUCUGCCAGAGAAUUAUAUAAAUGGAAUGGACAGUAUGACACGAAACUGACGGAUAGUCCAGAAUACCGAAAGACUAUUUAUGACACAUUUAAACGACCAAAUAUGAAUGCGGGGAUAGAUUGUUACAAGCUAGUGGAAAAUGAUGUAAUUGAAAUUGCCAAAGCUAAACAGAUUAUGAACCAUUUUCCAAGACGUGGUAUCGACGUCGAUAAAUAUGCAAGAACGUAUGACUGUGUAAAUUUUCGAGGAGGUCGUGGAUACAUAGAACAUCCUUUGUCACAAAUGGAGCUAGACUUUCCGCUCGCGUUCGGAAUUACGGCGUACAGAGACGUGGAGCAAGUUGAAAGGUUAUUACGUUCUAUUUAUAGACCACAUAAUUUUAUCUGUCUACAUUUGGAUUCUAAAAUAAAGCAGCUUGAACGACGGGCAUUUGAAAGGAUUGUAGCGUGUUUGGAUAAUGUGUUUAUUGCAGACAGAUCUCUUAAUGUCACGUGGGGUGAAUUCUCAGUUCUGGAAGCCGAACUUCUGUGUAUGGAAAAGUUGAUAAAACACAAGAAAUGGAAAUAUUAUAUAAAUCUGACGGGUCAAGAGUUUCCUCUGAAAACAAACCGUGAACUAGUUUCCAUUUUGAAUGCUCUAGAUGGCGCAAAUGUCGUCGAUGGAACGUGGAUAAGGGCCACCAUCAGAUAUUUUUACCGCUGGACGAUAGCCGGCAAACCACCACCACAUAAAAUCCGGCCAAUCAAAGGGUCAGUACAUGUAGCUGUAAACAGACAUUUUGUUCACUUUGCUCUUUACAAUCAAAUCGCUCUAGACUUCCUGGAAUGGCUAAAGAAAACUCAAAUACCAGACGAGACUUUUUUCGCUUCAUUGAAUCACAAUCCGCAUCUUGGAAUAAAUGGUUCAUUUUUAGGCGACGCUGAAGAAUACCCACUCAAACCGUCACUAAUGCGAUAUAAAAAUUGGGAGUAUGGUCAUUCUGUGUAUGUGAGAGGUUGUGCUGGGAAAUAUGUCCGCAAUGUCUGUGUUUUGGGUGUAGGUGAUCUAAAUAGAGCCUACAACGACAUCGGACUAUUCGCAAAUAAAUUCAACCUGGACUACGAGUUCCUGGCUCUAGACUGCUUAGAAGAAGUUAUGUAUAAGAAAACAUGGGACCAGUAUGUUGAUGAUAUACAAAUAGAUACAAACUACUACAAACGCUUGGAUUAUGUGAAAAAGAAGUUGUUUGUGCCGCCAACUAUGACAUCGAAUGAAACGCUAUCUAAAAGAUGAAAAGUGUCUGUAUACUGAUAUUAUGUAAUAUUUAUUAUAAAAAAGGCGGGUUAAGUGAUAUUGAGAGAGAAAAAAGAAAUGACGUAAAUCAGGAAGUAUUGUGUUCAAAAACAAAUUCAUAUAGGACUGCCCAUUCGAGACAAACUUUGUCAACUAACCGUGUUAUACUAUAUAAAUUCCUUAACCCUCUAGACUAAGCUCGUAAGGAGAAUUGACCUGGGUAUCAGUGUAUUAACACGGUAAUAUCGGCAAUUAUGGGAUGGUUUUGAUUUUUGAAUAAAUACAAAACAAAAUAUUAUGCUUCAAGUGAUUUGGUCUAUAACGGAAAGUCUGUAUUACAAAUUUUAUUCAAAUUUACGUUGAUAGUAUUCUUUUUGAUGACUAUAUCAAUUUAUAUAGCCAUCUUUUUUUGUAAUUAAUAAGGUAGUCGGGUUGUAGCAUAUGGGGAGGGUGGUCAUUAUGGUCUUUGACACACGCCGAAUACCUGUGGGUAUAUCAGUAACAUGUGAUUGAGAAAAAAAGCCUGUAAUAUUAAAGGAAGCAAUUGUGAAGUUAGUUUAUUGUCUUUCAUUAU